AGGCUGCAACCCACCAGACCCACCCGCAAUACAAAAGAACAGAGGCGGAAGCCAUGGCCGCCCCCAGAGAGCAACCCCCUCCGCCCACUACUCUUUCCAUAGGCACAAGGGUCGUCUCAACUCGCCGUCAUGACUCCCCCACCCCCGGCAACCGCAGACUCGGGCUUCCUCUUCACCCCACCCGCCCUCCAAAACCAAUACCUCGCCGACCCUGCCCUCCAGGGCAUCCUCGCACACUACCUCCCUGCCCCGCACCUCACCCGCAUCACCCCCGACCUCAUAAACAUCGGCCAACGCGCCGUGUCCGAUAUUGCUCACUGGGGUGAUAACGCUGAACGACACCCUCCCACUCUCACCCAGUAUGACCAUUGGUGUAGGAGGGUCGAUAGGUUGGAGACGAGUGAGGGAUGGAGAUGGAUGAAGGGGAUGGCCGCGAGGGAGGGAUUGGUGGCCAUUGCUUAUGAUCAGGGGAGGAGGGAUCUAGGGGAACAUGCUAGGAUCUAUCAGUUUGCCAAAUUGUUCAUUGCUAGUCCUAGCAUGGCAAUGUACUCGUGUCCGCUGGCAAUGACAGACGGGGCCGCGCGUUUGGUCGAAUUGUACGGAACUGAGGAGAUGAAGCAAGGUGCCUUCAAACGAUUGACAAGUCGUGACCCGACCCAGUUCUGGACAAGCGGGCAAUGGAUGACUGAACGCCCCGGCGGGUCCGAUGUCGGCGGGACCGAGACCGUUGCCGUCAAGACCGAUACCAAUGAUAACGAUUGGCGCGUCUCGGGCUUCAAAUGGUUCUCCUCCGCCACGGAUUCCGACAUGACCUUCCUCUUAGCCCGCACGCUCGAGUCGCCCACGCACAAAGGCACGCCGGGCUCCAAAGGCCUCUCCCUCUUCUACUCCGAGCUCCGCAAACCCGAUGGGGAAUUGAACGGCAUCCGCAUCCACCGCCUCAAAAACAAACUAGGCACACGGGCCCUCCCCACCGCUGAGCUCGAACUCCAUAACCUACCGGGAACACCCAUCGGCACACCUAACCGCGGCGUUGCAACCAUUAGCGUGAUACUGAACAUCACGCGCAUCUACAGCGCGAUGGGGGCCGCAUCUCAUCUCCAGCGCGCGUUGAGUAUCGCAAAGGGGUAUGCAGAAUCUCGAGUCGUGUUUGGGAAACGACUUAAGGAACAACCGUUGCAUUCCGCGACACUGGCUGAGGUCGCACUCACACUCAGGGGAUGCACCCUCCUCCUCUUCUACGCCGUCAAACUCCUCGGCGAAUCCGAAUGCUCCCCCCACCCCGCCGCCCGGCAACGUUCAACCACCUUAUUACGCCUCACAACCCCGUUAUUGAAAAUGUACGUCUGCCACUCCGCCGUCCCCGCCAUCUCCGAAGCCCUCGAGGCCUGCGGGGGGCAAGGGUACAUGGAAGAAACCGGCCUGGCGCGGCAGUUACGGGACGCGCAGGUGAAUGCGAUCUGGGAGGGCACGACCAACGUCCAGGCGCUGGACGUCCUCAAAAUCGUCGCAACCACAUUCCCUGUUUACGCGGAAACGGUGCGCGGGAUGGUCGACACGGGGAGGGAGACGUACCCGCACGCGGUAGCCGUCCUCACCACUGCCCUCGAACGCAUCGAAGGCUUCGUCGCCCGCCUUCCAGCGGCCUCACCCGGCUACCGUGAACGACACGCGCGCACGCUCGGGUUCGCGAUGGCACGGGUGUUGAUUGGGGCGUUGUUGGUUGAGCAUGCGGUUGUGUUGCGCGGGAUGGGGCAUGGGGACGCGGAGGCGAGUGGGGUUGCUGUGGGGAGGUGGUGUGCGAGGGUGGGGGAUUUAGUUGGGGGGUUGGGCGAGGAGGAGGAGGGGGGUGAUGGGAGGGGGGAUGAUGUUUUGGUUUAUGGACGGGCAAUCGCUAAUCCAAAGUUGUAAAUGGGCGUGCGGCGUGGCCUGUAGGAUAGCAGCUGAGCAGACUGUAUACAGUACAUCUUCGUAGCGUUUAAUCAACAGCAAUUUUAACAUCUUGUGUUAUGGGACCGUAGAACACGUAUGUACUGUAUGAAACUGAAUCCAUAGGAACUUUGUCCGUCCAACGUGGCGUCUCCUC